GCUUUGAAUGACAACAGAUUGGUUGGGAUCCCUUUUUGGAAAGCUAUCGACACUCAUAUCCCAAGGAACAAAGUUUACUAUUUCUACCAAAAGGUGAAGUUGAAGCGAAUAAUUGAAUGGCCUAACAGCGCGCCAAAAGAGUUAACGGUAAUGGAUUCGGUUUCAUCUUCGUUUUCUUUUUCACUUUCCUUAUGUCACUCUGCAGAGUUUGCUGCACUGCCUGAACAUUCCAUCUCUUCAUUAAAUAAUAGAUAUGGUAGUUAUAUUACCGUGUUUUUUUCCAACGUAUACAAUCUAAAUAAUGCAAUAUUUCUUCUUGUAGAUUUUCUUAGUGUAUGGAUAUUCGUGUCAGGCUUCGGCCUUGGUUGGAAAGUCGACUUAACGACGGAUGGAUCGAAGGACUAAAGUGGAUCGACAGAGAAAAGGGAAUAUUUAGGAUUCCCUGGAAGCAUCAUAGUAAGCAUACAUGGACGGAAGAUGAUGCUGCUAUAUUUAAGGACUGGGCUGUUGUUACUGGGCGUUAUCGAGAGGGUAUCGAUACACCUGACUGGCCGAUGUGGAAAACUCGGCUUCGUUGUGCGCUGAACAAAGCUCCUGAUAUCCAAGAGGUCAAGCAGCGUCACAACUUACACUGUGAAGAACCUUUUAAAGUGUAUCGCUUUGUUAGCAAAACAGAGUCUCUAUGGCGAGCGAAUGCAAUAAGAAAUGCUAGUAUGAUUUUCGAUGGUAUACAGGCAGGGUGUAGAUUCACUUCGUGGAGUGGAAUGAACUCUGCUAGCUCCCCAGUGAAUUCUCCAAUUCCACUUUCAAGACGGCCUACGCUGAUUGUCCAGAAGUUGUCAGGACUGAAAUCAAAUUCCCGUCGGUUCGCUCUGAUCCGAAGGGGUGAUGGUGUUCAACAUAUCCAGUCCAAUUAUCGCCCUGCUUAUAUACUCCAAGGUCACCAGCUUAACCGUCACAGGAUUUAUCACAAUUCUACUAGUACGAAUGCUAAUCAAAGACUGGGAUGCGAUAAUGAUAGCAUGAACUUAGAUAGUUAUGCCAGCUUGUCCCCAUCAACUUACACUGAGUAUCAAGCUCCAAACAACACUACAGUUAUAACUGGCGGCAUAUCUCUUCCUAACCGUUUUGUCCCUGGGAGUGGUUCAGCAAAUCAACAUGUUCAGUUGUUACCUGACAUUAUGGAACCAGAAUACCAUCAGUUAGGUGUACGCAUCCAACAUCUAAGUGUCCGCAUUAGAGACACAAUAGUUACCAAUCCUAAUGGCUGUUGUAUUUACUAUGGAAGAUUUGAUGAGAUCAGUUCACCUGCUGCUCCUGAUCCUAUUGAAGCACAAAUUCCACACCAAAUCUCAGUAGCCAACAAGGCCUAUGUUGAUCUCUUGUUGGAUAAUAUGGUCAGGGGAAUCAUACUGACGGUUAUCCAUGGUAGUAUAUACGCUGAAAGAAUAUGCAAGUGUGCUGUUUUUGUGUAUAUUCCGACGGUGGGUGGAGAAUAUAUUUUGGCAAAGAAGCUUGGACGUCGGUUACGGGAGAAAAUAUUCGACUAUGAUCAGUUUUUGUUUCAUCUGGACUCAUAUCGUCAAAAUCAACAGUCACGUCCUCAUUUCGAAGUCGUUCUGGCAUUCGGUCAACAACUGAAGCCUGGAAUAUCUACUGAUAGCCUUUUGGUAUGGGCUCGUGUUGCUAGCUGUCGUGCUUGGUUCCAGUUACACAGAGCUCAUACACUCAGACCAGGUUAUGGUGAGUGUAACAAUGUACAAUUAAAUAAUCAAGUAUGUCCUUCCAUCUACUAUCAUAUUAGUGAUAACUCAGAACAGUCAGAGUGUGUUAUAAACCGUUUUUCCGUUAGUCAGAGUUUGAAUGGAUGCAGUAGUUACAAUGAAAAUCCAGCUAUUUUAAAAACGGAAGAUGAUUCUGUCAAUGAACACAUUGUUCCGACGAUUAAUUUUACAGACUCCCUAGAUCCUGAUAGUAUUGUUACUGAACAGAUAAUUGAAGAGGGAGUUGAAGUCCCUUUGGAUGAUACUGAUGAUUUGGCGUAUAGCACUUCCGGUUCUGUAUUGCAGGAGAAUCUCAUAGUUUGUGUAGCAUCUCAAGAUGUUGGUUCAGUGCCUAUGUGUACUUCAAGUUCUUCAGUCACCCAAGAUGUGUUCCUGAGUGGUAUUAAUCCAAUCGACAUGAAGUCCCAACCACUACUGAAUCCACAUGAAGAGAUCGCAGAAAAAUAUAACUCGCGACCUGAAAACUGAAGUUUCCCACUAAACUGUGUAUAGAUUUGACAGUCUCUUGAUUUUCUUUAUUAUUAGAACCUGUUAACAGGUAAAUGUGAUAGGCCCGCUAAUAUAUGUUUUUCCAUAUAUGUUUACAUAAAUCCCUUUUGUUAUCUUAUGCUAAUGUGAAAUAAAAAUUCUGUUUUCUUGUCUUCACUAAA